AUGCCCCUCGACGACGCGCUCAAACGGGCUCUCGCCACGCCGCAAUCGCGUCUGUUGGUACUUAAAAUCGAGAAGCAGCUGCAACAAUUCCUCGAUGCACAGAAAAAUGCCUCGCUGCUGCCCCCCACGGCGCCCGUGGCCCAACAACAGCAACACAAGCCGCCGUCCCUGACCCUCGACUCGAUGAACUCGUUCAACCGGCUGCUCACUCACCGCAUCGCCGAGUACUACGGCCUGGACCACGUCGUCGUUGACGGACACGCUGUCAAAAUCUUCUAUCGCGAAAAACGACCCCAGGUCAUGGCGUUGGCUGACAUUGAUGUGUCUGGCGUCGACCCUGAGGGACCUCGAGUCGGAAGAGGCGGCAAUGGAGGCGGAUACCACACCAACGUCAACAAUUCAGGCGGCAAUCCCGGUAACAGCGGUGCUGGAGGACCCCCUGGCUCGGCUGGAUCGCUGGGAGGCAAUGCUUCUGCGUCGUCGUCCGUGUCGUCGCUGACAAACAACAUGUCGGCCUUGACGCUGGAGCCCGACCAGGCGUUGAAAUCCGCUCUUGUGACCAUCUCUGCGCGAAACCACGUGCUCAAGAUAGAGCAGAGUAUCCUUAGUCUGGUUGCAACCUCCACAGAGGAAGGUACGCCUGCUGACCCCAAAAACGAAGGCACACCCGAAGUCACUAAUAAUGCAGAGGAUGAACCGUCAUCGUUUCAGUCCCCAUCUCCAUUGCCAAACCUGCCAUCCCACGUGACGGUUGAGGGACCCACACCGUACCACCGGCUGCUCAUCUACAAGCUGGUGCAGUACUACAACUUCACCUACGACGUGGACGAGAAGACGCACAAAAUCACAAUCUACCGCCCUACAGUAACGCCGCAGCUGCCCCGGCCCAUGGAAGCUUUCCUACAGCAGCCACGCGAGGGGGACUGGCCCCCCAUCACACUGCGAGAUGGUGCUGUCGUGUGUGGCCUGUUGCGUAAGUCUCUGAUGGAGCCCAAGUCAAGAAUGUUGAUUGUGAGGGUUGAAAAUGAUAUUCUCGCGUAUUUGACUGCGGUUGUAAACACUAAUGUGCCCUCCGCCAACAGUGAUGGAGCUACCCCCAACGACAAUACUGUUGCUGAUGCCGCUGAUGGCGCUUCUAACGAUGAUACUACCGAAACCAAACCAGCCAUUCCCACGGGACCAGCUUCUGGACCUGACAGCGCUGCUUCUGCGCCACCGCUCAUUCUCGCGGGACUCAACUCGUUCAACCGGCUGUUGGCACACAACGUUGCUGUUUAUUACGGUCUGGCACACACCACCACAUCCCAGGAGGUAAUUGUGAUUGAAAUCGAGCCUGGCAGGGAGCCGCGACGCGCCAUCCCCCUUGGUUCGAUCCCGAUGGAGGAACUGGCGUGGGCUGGAGCUGCCGCUGCCGCUGCCGCUGCCGCUGCUGCAUCCAGUGCACCCUCCAACGGUCCUCCUCUGCGGCUUAUGCGUCGAAACUCGCCGCGAAACAACUCGCCUGCAGCUGAGGAGUGGGCCAAUGGUUCGGGUUCCAGUCCCGGAGCUUCAGGGUCGCCAGGCCCCGAGGCCAGCACGUCCACGUCGCUUGAGGAGCGAGAACAGGCAUACCAAAAGGCCCGGGAACGCAUUUUCAAGGACGUGGACGACGAGUAUGCAUCCGACGAGACGUACGAGAGCCGUGGUAACAACAAUAUGAACCGACGGGGUGGAGGAAGAGGAGGUAGAGGAGGACGAGGGGGCCGAGGAGGCUACGGAGGCUACAACAGGUAUGCAGGAGGACACAUGAAUGGAGCAGCAGUAGCGGCAGGGGGAGCCAACAAUCCCAACAAUGGCGGAAUGAUGCCAUGGAUGAUGUACCCACCGCCUCAUGGAAUGCCUCCCAUGAUUCCACAUAUGGGCCACAUGCCUCCUAUGAUGACGCAACAUAUGCCCCACCAAGCUCACAUGGGCCACCAUGCACACGCACACGCACAGCACAUGCACGGUCAACACAUGCCGCCCAUGAUGCCCCCGCCACCGGAGUACUACGGCUACCCUGUCUACGGCUACCACUCGCCAAUGGGGUACAGCCCCAUGCAUUCGCCUGGCCCCGACGGCUCCUCUGAACGCGAAGAGGAGCCCGAACCUGUACAAAAUGGAGACGCGAAAUAG